AUGAGCGGCUCUCUCGCGACUCCGGGUGGUAUCUCGGACCCUGCCUUGAUCCAGCUUGUCAACAAGCUUCAAGAUGUCUUCGCGACUGUCGGUGUCAACAACCCCAUCGAUUUGCCUCAGAUCGUCGUCGUGGGCAGCCAGUCCAGCGGUAAAAGUUCAGUGUUGGAAAAUAUUGUGGGCCGAGACUUCUUACCCCGAGGUUCUGGCAUCGUCACACGGCGUCCCCUGGUGCUGCAGCUCAUCAACCGACCAGCGCAGACAAACGGUGUCAGUGCCGAUGAAGUGUCUACAGCCAACGACAAAGCCGCCAAUGCCGACGAAUGGGGGGAGUUCCUGCAUAUUCCAGGCCAAAAAUACUACGACUUUGGCAUGAUUCGCGAGGAGAUUGCCCGCGAAACUGAGUCAAAAGUCGGAAAGAAUGCUGGCAUUUCUCCCGCCCCCAUCAACCUCCGCAUCUACUCUCCAAACGUGCUCACCUUGACGUUGGUGGAUUUACCAGGCCUGACCAAAGUCCCCGUCGGAGACCAGCCCCGCGAUAUUGAACGACAGAUCCGAGAGAUGGUUUUGAAAUACAUUGGAAAGUCGAAUGCCAUUAUCCUGGCCGUUACCGCUGCCAACAUUGAUUUGGCCAACUCGGAUGGACUGAAGCUCGCGCGCGAGGUUGAUCCCGAAGGUCAACGAACCAUUGGCGUCUUGACCAAGGUCGAUCUUAUGGAUGAGGGAACCGACGUUAUUGACAUACUGUCAAACCGCGUCAUCCCCCUGCGGCUGGGCUAUGUUCCAGUCGUCAACCGAGGUCAACGAGACAUUGACAACAAGAAGGCCAUCAACGUAGCGCUAGAAGCCGAAAAGGCCUUCUUCGAAAACCACAAGGCUUACCGGAACAAGAGCUCAUACUGCGGCACCCCCUAUCUAGCGCGCAAACUCAACUUGAUCCUGAUGAUGCAUAUCAAACAGACUCUUCCCGACAUCAAGGCCCGAAUCUCCAGCUCUCUACUGAAAUAUACUUCGGAACUGGAGAGCUUAGGUCCUUCCAUGCUCGGAAACAGUGCCAACAUUGUUCUCAACAUCAUUACCGAGUUUACCAACGAGUGGCGCACAGUCCUCGAUGGCAACAACACGGAGCUGUCUAGCACGGAACUGUCCGGCGGUGCCCGUAUCAGUUUUGUCUUCCAUGAACUCUACUCAAACGGCGUCAAAGCUCUGGAUCCCUUCGAUGUGGUCAAAGAUGUCGAUAUUCGCACUAUCCUGUACAACUCUUCUGGUUCUUCUCCCGCCCUCUUUGUCGGCACGACUGCUUUCGAGCUCAUUGUGAAGCAGCAAAUCAAGCGCCUCGAAGACCCUAGCUUGAAGUGUGUCUCUUUGGCCUAUGAUGAGUUGGUGCGCAUUCUGUCGCAACUUCUUGCCAAGUCUCUGUACCGCAGAUAUCCUCAGCUCAAGGAAAAGAUGCACGGGGUCGUCAUCGGCUUCUUCAAAAAGGCCAUGGAGCCGACGAACAAGCUAGUCCGAGAUCUCGUCGCUAUGGAGGCUUGCUACAUCAACACUGGCCACCCCGACUUUUUAAACGGCCAUCGGGCCAUGGCGAUUGUCAACGAACGCUACAACCCCUCCAAGCCUGUCCAGGUUGAUCCCAAGACUGGCAAGCCUCUGCCUGUGCCCAGCACGCCGGCACGAACUGGAAGCCCUACGGUCCCCGAGACUGAUGGCACUGGCAACGCUGGAUUCUUCGGGAGCUUUUUCGCCGCCAAGAACAAGAAGAAGGCUGCGGCGAUGGAGGCACCUCCUCCUACACUCAAGGCCUCCGGGACUCUUUCUGAGCGCGAGAAUAUCGAGGUUGAGGUCAUCAAGCUAUUGAUAUCUUCAUACUAUAACAUUGUCAAGCGAACCAUGAUCGACAUGGUCCCCAAGGCCAUUAUGCUUAAUCUUGUCCAAUUCACCAAGGAUGAGAUGCAACGCGAACUUCUUGAAAACAUGUACCGAACCGAUACGCUGGACGAUCUACUGAAGGAGAGCGAUUUUACCAUUCGCCGACGAAAAGAGUGUCAACAGAUGGUGGAGUCGCUGGGCAAGGCUAGCGAAAUCGUUAGCCAAGUCCAGUAA